AAUGCUGCAUAACACAUAAUUUAAAAACCCUAAGAAAAAAAUCGGAAGUUUGUGGAAGCAAGAAGAAGAAAUGAUGAAUCCAGAAUCCGAUCAUCCUUCAUCUCCUCGUCAACGUAAGAUUGGAAUCGCCGUGGAGCUCUCUGAAGAAAGUGCCUUCACUGUUCGUUGGGCUGUUGAUAACUACAUCCGUCAGGGAGACGACAUCAUUAUUCUACACGUCUCUCCAACCGCCGGUCUCUUUGGAGCCGAUUGGGGAUAUUACCCUCUCCAAACUCAACCUCCUUACACCACCGCUUCUAUUUUCUCCAAAGUAGCGGAUCUCGGGAAGCCAUUGAAGGAAGCUGGAUUCCCUCACACGAUUCAUACAGUCAAAGAUUACGAUAAGAGAGAGAGGCUUUGUCUUGAGACUCAACGGCUCAAUCUCACUGCUCUGAUUAUGGGAUUUGGUGAUGGCUCUGUUAGUGAUUUCUGUGUUCACCACUGUGUUUGUCAAGUCGUUGUGGUUAGAUACCCUGAUGGUCCUGGCAGUGUUGAAGGUACUCGGGCAGCGCCUAUUGUAACUUUCAAAUCACGUACGGAUGAUGACGAAGAGAUAGAUAAGGCUAAGACUGCUCUGACUGCUUCUGUUCAUCAUCAACACAUCAAAGCCAUGGAUUCGGUGUCAAAGCAGCCUCUUCUCUUUUGCCCUCGUGCAUAUUUUACUAACAAUGAAGAAGAUUUUCGCGCGAUGCAAUUCCGAGAGCCACCAAAUCUUUCAUCUCCAUCUUUUCACCUCACCUCCUUAGUUUUGGGCAACGACUUUAACAUAACACGCAAAUACUACUACGACAGACAUGGCAAGGGCUUCAUUAAAGGCCAUAGACCUAACAAACAAUGUGAAAUAUGCUCCAAGUCAUUACUCGGUACCACGUUUUAUUCCUGCACGUUAUGUCUCCGUCCUUCAUGUUCCCCUCUUCAAUCUUCAGUAUUAUCACGCUCUUCAGGCUACUACCACGAAGCCUGUAUCGAGCCGAUAUCAAAGCACCCAUAUCAUCCUAAACAUGCUCUCCGAUUUCGUUAUGAAUCAGGUCAGAUAUGCUUAUCUUGUUCAACUUUUAAGGAUUUUGCUUACCAUUGCUCUAUAUGCAAUUUUACCAUGUGUCAAGAUUGUGCUAGAGAGCCACCACUCUUUGCAAUAGACUAUCCAAAAAGGCAUGAGCAUACACUCUUCUACUUUCAAAGGAAAGGCUCCUUGAUUUGUGACGUUUGUGGGUUGAGUGAUGGCAGGUCUUUGCUGUAUUCCUGUGUCAAGUGUAAUUUUGUAGUCCAUAAAGAGUGUGUCUAUUUUCCAUGCAUCAUAAAAAUAUCACGUCAUGAACAUCGUCUCUCCUUCAAUUCUUCACUUACUCCUGAACAAUGGUUAUGUGGAGUGUGUCGUGAAAGCAUAGACACAAAUUUUGCAAGAUAUUCUUGCGUAAAGGGUUGCAGUUUCGCGGUUCAUUCUAAAUGUGCAACGCGAAAAGAUGUAUGGGACGGAAAAGAACUUGAGGGAGAACCAGAAGAAGAUGAAUCUCUAUAUAUUUUUAAGUCGUUCAAUGAGAUAAGUGAUGGAAUUAUAGAAUAUUUUCGUCACAAAAGUCAUCAUAUGAGACUGGACGAGGAUACCAACAGAGCAUUUGACGAGGAUAAACGUUGUCGAGCAUGCACGUUUCCUAUCUGUGAUGAUCUUAUUUACAGUUGCAUGCAAUGUGAUUUUAUCCUCCAUCAAACAUGUGCACAUCUUCCUCCGAGGAAACAACAUGCGACACAUCCUCAUCCCCUUCUUCUACUGGUGGAUGAGGAACAUGAAGAUUAUUUUCAAUGCACUGCUUGUAAGCGUGAAAGCAAUGGUUUUGCGUACACAUGUUGUGCUAGGGAUUGCAACUUCACAUUAGACGUAUCUUGCGCUUCUAUAGCUGAGUCAUUGAUUCAUCGGUUUCAUCCGCAUCCUAUUUAUUUAAUACAUGAAUCCACAGCGCAAGAGUUCUGUUCGAUUUGCGGACAACUCAUAGGUCAUCGUCUAAACUGUGGAGAAUGUCGUUUUGCUUUGUGUUUUGGGUGCGCCACUUUACCCAAUAAGUUGAGGUAUAAGCAUGAUGAACAUUUUCUCAUAUUUUCUUAUGAUGAAGACUUCAGUGGUUCACAAGAAAGUGGUCCGCAUUUGUGUGAAGUUUGUGAAAAACAAGCAAAUCCGAAGAAUGGAGUUUAUAUGUGCAAUGAUUGUAACGUCACACUGCAUGUUGAAUGUCUUCUUGGAAAGGAGAUGUAUAUGAUGCCUAUUGGAGGGCUCAUUUCCCGUAACGUAAAUGUUGAUAUUCUUCCCAAUAAUCGUCUCACUCGCAACAUAUGCCAACGUUGCCAUAAUCGUUGUCAAGGAAAAAUAAUCUUCAAAGCACGUGACAGAUCAACAUUUUUAUGUUCUUUGUUUUGUUGUCUGACGAAGAGUUGGGUGGACAGAGACACAUAGUCCAAACGAAACGAUUAUGGCAAUAGAGUUAUGAACAUACUAGAUCGUUGUCGGUAAUAGAGUUAUGGACAGCUUGCUUAAGACGUUGGUUUGAAAUAGUAGAAAGCUAAAAUGAAAAUUUCCUUGAUUACGUUAUUACUUGUUCUUGUCUCUUUUGCUGAACAUAGAGAUAUGUUGCUCUUUUCUAUGUAUCUAUUUGCUUUCUCUUUCUCUUUGCUUCCUUCUCAUAACUAAUGUUUAUUUGGGGCAUAUAUAUAUGAACUUAUAUAUAAAAAAA